AUGAAUGUUGAAAACGUGACAGAAACUUCCAUGGUGGUAGCAUGGAAUACUACAUACUACCCUGGUGUUGAAGUGUAUUUUACUAUUACAUUUAACAACACAAUGAUCAGUAACGCUACUAGUCCUCACUUGAUCGGGAACCUGAGAGAUGGGGAGGUGCAUUCUAUUCUAAUCCAGUCCCACGUCACGGGGAGAGACACGAGAAAGGAAUCUGUAGACUCAGUUUUACAAUAUGUUAGAACAGCUCCAAGGCAACCAACCACUGUUGUCGAUCCGCCUUAUAAUGCACCGAAUGUAACAAUUAGAUGGGAACCAAGAAAUCCAUAUUUCAGAGUGUUUUACAUAUAUUUUACGGGUCCUGGUGUUAACACUGUUGCCUCCACAAGUGAUACAAGCAUAACAUUCACUGAUCUGAAGCAUGGAGCAAAAUACUCUUUCACAAUUGUUCAAGAAUCAGAAGAGCCAUAUAGAAGAAACAGCUCUGAUUUAACAAAAGAAUUUCGCACAGAGCCUUCGGUCCCACAUCCACCUAUAUAUGUCGGGGCCACUGCUGGACAACGGAAUAUAACAGUAAAUAUAACUGACACUGAUAUGCCUAAUGGAGAUAUCAUCCAGUAUAUUUUUCAGCUUACUUACAAAGUGUACAGAGACGAGCCAGAUCGUCACGGCGUGAUCAUUCUAGCAAAGAAAGACUCAGGCAUAUAUAUGCUGGAAUUACAAAGACAUGGGCAUAUAUUUCCAGGUGAGAAACCAUAG